AUGGUUUAGCAAUAAAUUAAAAAAUAAUCUGUUAUAAAUGUAUUUUUUGCUAAUUUUAUAAAUACACUUAAUUUUUACAAGAAAAAAUACCUCUUUUUUUUUGGAUUAGAUACCUUGAUAAAAAAAUAGUCAUCUAACCUUUUAUCAAAUCCAAAAUAUAUUAAUGAUUAGAAGUUUAAGUAUUAAUUGAAAGUUAUUCAUCCUUUAAAAGUAAUCAUCAUUAUUUUUGGUAGAAAAUUGGGCUCAAUCUUUUUUUUAUUUUGAUUAUCUAAAUAAAGGGGAAAAACCAUUUUCAUAAAAAAAUAUCUGAGCAUGAUAAAUAUGUAGUUGUAUUAUUCAUAAAUAAAGAUGGUUUAAAAGUGAUAUCAGCAAGAAAGGUU